AUGGCUGCUAAUACAACGUCAAUACCAUCUCUACACCGACCACCCGUACCCCCAGAACUCAUCUGCCUCAAUUACAAUGGUACCCAUUCCAUGGGCAGCCACUUCACCUUAGACUAUACCCUAGCUGAUACGACCAAAGUCGUUGCUGGUAGCUUGUCCUUUCUUCUUGUGCUACCCUUCGUCCUAUUCGAAGUCCGAUGUUUCCCGAUCGGUACCACGACCUCCGUCCUCACUGGUGCAGCUUUAAUGGUUAUUACCACAGUCUUGACGCAACAGGAUGUCUACCAUCUUCUUGGGGAAACAGAGAAUCUCAGGACGAUCUUUUUGCUACUGGGAAUGAUGUUGCUGGCCCAGUUCUUUGAAAGAGAGAAAAUGAUUGGAAAGAUUUUAAAAAUGGUACUAAAAGAAUCCCAUUCCUUUGCGAACUACAUCUGGAGAGUGAGCUUGGUCACGUUCAUCUUCGCAGCUUUGUUCACAAACGACGCAGCCUGUGUUGUCCUUACCCCAAUCUUCUUGAAGUAUUGGGAAAAGCAGAAACGAAAGUCUUCUGAGCUGCAGACAAUGUUGUUGGCCAUCGCCACGUCUGCUAACAUUGGUAGCGUCACAACUAUUUUUGGAAAUCCACAAAUGGCCCUGAUUGCUUCUAGAACUGAUGUUCCAAUGUUCAAACUCAGCACCCUGACUUUAGUUAGAAGUAUCGUUUAUCUGGGUAUACCUGCCAUCAUUGCCUUCUUCAUUAACUUAGGAUUCUUGCUACUCCAUUACGAAGUCCGAACUAGAUUGAAGAUGAGAAAAUAUGGAACCGUCAGCUCGUUCAGUAAACGCGGAUCCGGUGAGGAUCAGAUUACAUCCAAUGGUCAAACUACUGGUGAGGAAGAUCUUGCAUUUUAUGGCGCUACUGGUGGACAAAUUCAUGACAACGGAGACCAACCAGAUGGUACCACCUGUCAAAAAGUUGAUCCUAAACUUGGAGUGAUUAUUGUUGAUGAUGGGGGCACUCCUAAAUCUGUGACAGCAGGCGAUGGAGACACCGGUAUCGAUAUGGCUUUGGGAAAAGUCACUGGGAAGAAGACUAAGAAGAUCGAAAUCGAGCAGCAGACUGACGUGGCCUACCAGUUUAAACAGAGCCAUUCCAUGGUCUUCAAAGCCUUCCUGUGUGUCUUAUUGUGUAUUGUCAUCAUACUAAUGUUUAUUANAGUUGACGCCAUUGCAUUUGAUAUUGAUGGUUUCUUGAACAACCAAUGCAGUAAUAGACGAAUGGUUCCACACAAAUAG